AUGAGACUAGAAGAUCCAAAUUACAAUAAUAAAACUAAUACUACCCAUAGUAAUAAUAAUGGCAUUUUACUAAAUCCGUUGUCAAAUAACAAUAUAGGUUUAUACAAAAAUAACACUAAUAAUAAUAAUCCUUAUGGUCAACUCGCGCAAAACUCUAACACAAAUGUUGGAAUAAAUUAUAACAAUGGUAUCAGUAAUGAUAUUAUAAAUAUUGGAACUACACACACCAGAAUCGGUGCUAAUUUCAAUGCAAAUCUUCCUCCAGGAAUUACUAAUUCGGCAAAUCCUUACCCAAGUGGUAUAUAUCAGUCAAAUGUUCCAGAGAACCAACAAUCGACAACUGACAUAGGGACAUCAUCUUAUUAUUUGCCUAGAAGAUUAAUUAACAAUUCUACAAAUAUAAUGAAUCCAACAUCAUUUGCUGGUGCAAUGAUGAAUUCAACCGUAAGAAGUGCAAUGGGUCCACAAUAUCAACCAUAUCAAACAAUGGAACCUACCAUGGUUCAAGACCCAUAUUUGUUUCGUUCACAAGAACUACAUGAUAAUAUGAAUAUGAUGCAUCUUUAUAAUACAAAUCCACAAUUUCAAGGAGUACCGAUGCAAUUACAAUAUCCUACGCAACAGCAACAUAUACAACAGCAACAGCUGCAACAACACCAACAACACGUACAACAUGUAGGAAAGAGAAGAGUCACAAGAGCAUGUGAUUAUUGUAGGAAAAGAAAAAUUAGAUGUGAUCCUGUUAACCCAGAUACGCAAAAAUGCACAAACUGUUUCAAAAAUGAUUUUGAGUGUACUUUUUUCUUUCAUGAGGAAUUGGAGAGGAAAAAACGUGAAGCUCAUUUAAAAGAGGUAUCACCAACUGCGAAAAAUCAUAAUGGUACAGAAUCCAAUUCGGCAGAUGCUGAUAUUGUUGUAGAUGACAUUGAAUUGGCUACAGAGUUAGCCAAUUCAGGUGAUUCAAGGGUUAAGAAAUUUAUUAAAAUAAUGGAUAAUAGAGUUCAGAAAAUGGAUAGAAAAGUCAAGGUUGCAGAGGAUAUUGCUAAAAAUAUGAAACCAAUGCUUGACAAAUUGGUUUCAACGGAUGGUACUAUUUUUAAUGAAUACCAAUUUGUAACUAGAAUGGUACCGAGAAAAUACUCACAAAGUUUAAUAACUCCUUUAGUUAUGAAGUGGAUCUUAAGAGAAACCCCAACGGAAGAAUCACCAGAAGAAUAUAUUAAACCUCUUGAAGCAAUGUUCGAUCAUUCAAUAAAAUGGUAUGCAAUUCAAAAAAAAAGAAUUGUAAAUUUCUCAUCAUUUCUGAAUCGAACUAAUAAACUGGAUAUGUAUCCUUUACCAGAGAGAGAUACAACCGAUAUAUUGUUGAGGUGCUUCUAUGAAUCAAUUGUUCAUACUUCAUUAAUAGAUCAUAUUUCUUCGAUGGAAAUUUUCCAAAUAUCGCAAAAAUAUUAUAUUAACGGACCUGAAACAUUGAGCUUCUCUGAAACAUUCUUUAUGUGUAUUUGCAUCUUUGGUGGUUUGAAAUUUGCCAUCUUCCAAGGGGUAAACAGACCAUUUCUACCCGACAUCAAGGUUUUAAAAGAUCUUGGAACACAGAUGUUCUGUAAUUUGAUGUUAUUCUAUAAUAUAUCAAACGAAGGAUCUUCGGAUUUGUUAUACCUCAAAGGUCUUUUAGUAUUAUCAAAGUUAUGUCAUCUGAUGUUAAAUACUCAAAUUGCAUACGAGAUCUUAGAGCAGGCAAAACGUGUUGCAUUAGCACUGGGUCUGAAUAGGGAUGAAACAUAUCAGAAUAUGUCGCCAAAUAUGGCUGUCACUAAGAUGGGUAUUUGGGCAUAUUUAAUCUGUAGAGACAGAAGUUUAGCAUCGAAAUUAUCAAAACCAUUUUUGAUAAAGGACUCAUUUCUAGAUUUUAAAGUUGGUGACGCAAACACCGCUAUUUUCGAUAAGGUCAUUUCUUUUCAUUCAGCAUCAACUUUAAUAAACGGUAAAAAAAGUAGCAUAACAGAGGCAGAUCUUCAAAAGAUAUUAAAAUGUUCAGAUACAAGAGAACGUAUUGACAUUCUCGUCUCCUAUCCCGAAUACAUUCCAUUCGUACUUAAUUAUCAUGGAUUUCAUCUUUUUGAGCUAGACGGAGUUGUUUAUAAAGCAUGUUUUUAUGUGAACACUACAAAUAAUGUCUCAUUUGAGGAGAAAUUUGAUGAAGUGGUACAUAUAAAUGAUCGUUUACGUAUUUGGUUAGAAUCGUUAAGUCCAGCAAUGAGACUGGAUUCUUAUGAGGAAUAUUUUAUAUUAUUAAAAUUGAAGAAAAGAGAUAAAGAUAUUGAUCACGAAUAUGAGGGUCUUUGUACUAGAGUCCUUACAUCCCAUCUUCAUUUCUAUUCUUUGUCUUUAACUGUUGCACAAUUUGCUCUUGGUAUGAUCCGUGAUAAUGUUGAAGCAAGUAUGGGAUCAAAGAAGGAUGCUAAAAAACUUAUGAUAGCAUUUGAAAGUCAGUAUUUAGAUUCAGCUGAACAAAUAUUGAUUAUAUUUCGUAACUUUUCAAAUGUAUCAAUAAGAUACUUAGAGAUCCGUGAGUAUGUUAUGUGCGCAAUUUUCACCCUUAUUCUUAAUGUUAUAGAUAACCAAGGGCAUAAAGAUAAAUUUAUUGCAAAUGCUUUAGUUAUUAAAAGUUUGCAAAAGACAUUUGACUACAUGAUUAAAUUUAUUGAAGAAGAUUUUGUAUCUGAUAGUGUUAAAUUUGUUGCUGAUUUAUUCAUUUUUGCAUUUUUAAUGAAAUCGGUUGUGCUUUCAUUCAAUAGUAAAAAUGAUCUUGCUGAUUCUUACGACUUCCAUCCUGAAGAUUAUGACAAGACUAUUCAAAAAUUGACUGAUUUAAUGAAAAAAAUAAAGGAAAAUGAAGUAUCUGUCUUCAAGUCACGCAUAACUAGUACCAUCGGGAACGGUUCAAAUAUGAUAUUGACAGAUAUUACUAAAGAAUUUUUAGAGCUACUUGAAUCCGAUGAAUAUUUAUUGAGUUCUAGUCAAUUGACUAGAAACCCUACUCCAAAUCUCAAGGAUCUUUACGAUGUAGUGUCUAUGCAUCCCUUUAAAUGGGAUACAUAUUCUUCAACCCAACAAACUUUGAAUGAACCAGAAUCGCGUGAUAGUUUAUUCAACAAUGAUGAUGGUUUCUUCAAUCAUUUUGCAUACAGUGAGUUUUUCUACGAUCGAAAUUUCUCAUUUGAUAAAACAUUAGAAGAGUUGAAUAUGUAG